AGCUUGAGGCUGAAAGUCUGCCGUUGCCGAAGCUUGUGUGCAGUUUGGGGGUCCAACUCCCAUGGGGGUUGCGGAUGCCAUGGCUGAAGAGUUCACCUACUUUUGUCGCUGCGACGUUUGCCGCUGCAGCCUUUUUCGCGGUGACAACUGGUAUCACAAGCCCGGAACCAACUACGACCUAUGUGCCCGAGACUUUGCUAAGCUCUCGGCUGAGGAGCGGCAGGUGUACGUGAACAUUGCCACCAGCAGUGACCUUGGUAGCCAGCAGAAUGAAUACAUCUUGGAAAUCAAUCAGUACUUGGCUCGUUGCGACCAAUGCCGCAAAGCAGUUUCUUUGGGAGAUGACUGGUACCACAAGCAAGCAGAAGGAAACUACGACCUUUGCGCCCACCAUUGGAAGGACCUUCCAGAUGCAACCAGGAACCAGUACGUGAAUGUUUACGCCAGCAAGGUCUUGGGUGAGAGGAAGCUUCAGUAUGUGCUGCAAGAAGAAAUUGACAUCGCUGAAAGAGAUUUGGUGAUGGUCGUGCUAGAUGUUGAGGGCACUCUCAUGCCAGAAGCUUGGCUAGAGCUUCAGAAGAAAACCGGCAUUGAAGGCUUGAAGCGAACCACUGCCCAUGAGCCGGACUACGACAAGCUCAUGAGAUACCGAAUCAACUUGCUGCGGGAGCACAACAUUAAGCUCAGCGACAUGAUAGAGGUGGUGAAAGAUUUAAAACCAUUGCCCGGUGCCAAAGAGUUCCUGGACUGGCUCAAGCCACUGGUGCCACGCAUCCUGCUGCUGACGGACACCUUCGAGGAGUAUGCCAUGCCGAUGUUUGAACAACUUGGCUACCCCUCGGUUUUUUGCAAUUCUUUGGUGGUUGACAGCGACGGCUUCAUUUGCGAUCACAUUUUGCGUUUGAAAGAUCAGAAGCGCAAGGCCGUGGAGUCCUUCCAGAGAUUGAAUUUCAGAGUCAUUGCUGUUGGGGAUUCUUUCAAUGACGUUUCCAUGCUCACUGCUGCGGAGCCUGGCAUUUUGAUCUACCCCUCCGAGAAGGUGAGGAAAGCACAUCCAGAAUUUCCUGUGGCAAAGGACCACAAUGACCUUCGCGCGAAGAUAGGUCGAAUUUUGAGUGCCAACAAGCAAAUUCUGCCCAAGAAGUUGGCCGAUCCACCUCCGCUGAGCGCUACAGCCUCCUCACGAACCAUGUGGCUUCUUGUCUGCAAUGUUGCCGGGUUCUUGGCUCCAGAGCCCUGGAUAGCCGUGCAGCAGAGAACUAACAUUCCCGAAUUGAAGGUGACCACUGCCCAGGAGCCAGAUUAUGCAAAGCUUAUGGCGCUACGUUCCUCUGCUUUGCGGACCAAUGGCGUCAAGCUGCAGCAAAUCGUAGACAUCAUGGAUGGUCUGGAACUCCUGCCGGGAGCUACGCAGUUCUUGGCAUGGCUGAAGCCGAUUGUUCCACGGACAUUCAUGAUUACUGAUGGGCCCGAAGAAUAUGCGCUACCAAUUUUUGAUCAACUGGAGCACCCCAUGGUCUUCUGCAAUUUCUUUGAAGCUGAUGAUGAAGGGUUUUUGAAAAGGCUCAUCACUCGGCUGAAAGGUCAGAAGUUGAAGACUGUUCAGGAGCUCCAACGGCUUAAUUUCCGAAUUCUCGCUGUUGGCAAUUCCUUCAAUGAUAUUGACAUGAUUCAUGCGGCAGAGAAAGGUGUUCUUUUCAGGCCUUCGGAGGCUGUCAAGAAAGAUCACCCAGAGAUCCCAGUGGUCACAUCUUACGACGAAUUGAAAAAGUGCAUCGCCCAAGUGGUGGAGACGGUGGAGCCGAACUCCAAGAAGCAGAAGACUGGGUGAAGACUGUGAGAGAGAGAGAUGUAUAGUUUUCGGAUUUUUUUUGGGUUUUGUGACGUAGACAAAACGCACGGCGUGGCUGUGUCCCAAACCGGCACAGGCAACCAGAAAAAGGAA